AUGAUCAAAACAACCACUUCAUCAUCCUCACCAUCCACUUCCCCCCAUUCUCAUUCUCAAUCACAACACAAAACUAAGACUUCAUUGGAUUUCAUUUGUUCGCCUCAUUCAUCUUCGACUACGUCGACAACCACUCCCGAUAGUCCUUCGGCUAAGCGAAGGAAGCCAAGAGACGACUCACCCUCAUACAUGUCGCCAAGACCUUCAUCACCACAACCUACUUUCGCCUUCCCAACAUCAUCAUCAAAUAUAAUGACUAACGGUAAUACCAGCAAAAAGACUUUGGAACGUUUACCUAGAGAAUUAUUAGCUUUAGUUGGUUUUUACUUGGUCAUCGAGGAUGAAGAUGGCACUGAGAAACAGGACGAGGUGAAGAAAUAUGAUAAACAUCCAUCAAAAUUAUUACCAUUAUUAUUCGUUUCCAAAACAAUAUACGAACAGAUAUGUUUCGAUAACAACCCACAACUUUAUAAUAGAUUGUUUAGAGCUACGUUCGAUGUUCAAGCUUUAGAUAGGAGAUAUCAAUGGAUGAAGAAGAACCUCACCAAACCUUCCCCCGCUUCCAAUUCAACCAGCGAUAGUAGUUCAACAUCAACAACGAAUGCGAAUGCAGAUUCUACAGGAAAUUCAGCCAUAUCCAAACCUGAUGGGAAGAACAGGAAAAUAUUUGAUCUAUUUUCAGAUCCUAGAAGCUGGGCGAUCGAUUAUAGGACAAGAUGGGAACAGUCAUAUAGGAUGAGACAGGUAUCGAAACAAUCGAGAAUUGAGAUUCCCGGUAUAUGCGAUAAAGAAGCUUAUGUAGCGGAUUUGUGGAACGUAUGGUUCUUGCUGACUGAGAAUGAUGGUAAAAACACUAGAUUCCUCAAUACCCAGUGUGACCUCCGAGGGUUCGUCCUUGCCUUUUACAAAGAGAAUUUGUUGAAAGAAUCAUUGGUACCUGGAUACCCUAGAGAUACGGGUGAUAAAGCUUUGGCUGUAUGGUGUUGUCUCUUAGCUGGGAUAGACGAUAUCGGAGAGGAUACACCCGCAGCGGUCGACGAGAAGAUCUUCAUGCUUCGGCCAUAUGUGUUUGCAUGUGCCAAGUAUGAUAUCCACUAUGCCCCAUGGCAUUAUCGUAAACUCCCCUUCUGUCCACCAGGAUGUGAAGAGCACGAGACCGACGCCUCGAUACGUAUUAAAGCUAUGACUUAUAAGCGAUUCGGCUACACAUGGAAGAGGGCUCCCCCACAUUUCGUUUUGGGGAUUUACCUGGUAUUUAUGAGAUUAUUGGAAAGACAACCUGAGAGGGUAGGAUUGAAAGCUGGAUCUUCGACAUUUUCCGCAUCACCCUUCGAAGCUGGUUUACCAAGUCUAUUCAGCAUGUCGAAACUUAUCCCGUCGGCAGAACAUGAUAGGGAAUGGCAGAGGAAUACCAUGUGUCAAGAUCCACAUACCUCCCCUGGUUUACCACCCUUGACAUUCGCUAAUCAAAUUAAAGGUUUCUGGCGAGGUAAAUUCCUGUUUUACGAUUUCGAUUUAUACCGACAAAUCUUAGCUGGUAACAUGCGUGGGGUUUAUACUGGAACUUUUGCGGAACAAGCUGCUGAAAUGGAGUUGUUUGAAACUAUCAUUAAACUUCCCAAAGCCCAAUUAGGAGGUAAAGGACCGCUUUUAGCUGCUGGAUUUAAAGAUGAGUAUGAUGAGGAUGGAUCGGAACAGACUUUAAUCAAAGCAGGGUAUGGGUAUGAGUUGUCGAAUGAGACGGAGGUGUUGGAAGAGGGUUGGACGAAAGAGAUUCUGAUCAGUGGAAGGGCGAGGACGAGUUGGGGUUGGGCCAAGAUGAGGGGAAGAGUAAGAUCGUGGGAUGGUCUGGUCAUUAUGGAAAUGACUUAUUCGCGCCACGUUAUGGGCAGAUGGAUAUGGAAAGGAUACCUUCACACGGGUGGAUACAUGGUUGGAAGAUGGAGAGAUACAUUCACAGCGGAGAACCUGAGGGGAUACGAAGGUGCAUUUGGCAUGAUUCGAGCUGGCGAUCCCUUAUACCCCGAUCAUUUCCCAAAGAGGAUGGAAGAUUCUCUGGGUGUUAAUGCGAAUGUCAAUCAUGGUCAAUCUAGUAAUUCCCAACAGCAACAACCGCAACAACAAUCUCAGCCACAACAACAACCUCAACAAUCUCAAUCAUCGCAGUCGCAGAGAGCUCAGCAACUCGUACAGGCUUCGACCCCACCUUCAAGUUCCAAUGGAAGCGGAGGUGGUACCCAGACAGGAUCCGGACCACAACACGGUCCUUCUCAAGAGGAUCCAAGAUCUUCACAGAGUCCUACUGCAGCUCAGCAGUCGGAAGGAGAGGCAGGGGCACGUGCGAGGAGGAUUGGAGGUGAAGAAGGUGAUGCCCAGGAGAAUAGUGGCAAAGGGAAGAUGUACUAG